GAUGUCAAGUAUGGGACUAUUAUUGGUAUUGAUCUCGGUACAACAUACUCCUGUGUUGGUGUGUACAAAAAUGGUCGUGUUGAGAUUAUUGCCAACGAUCAAGGUAAUCGUAUCACUCCAUCUUAUGUGGCAUUUUCGGGGGAUGCUGGUGAGCGCUUGAUUGGUGAUGCUGCCAAGAAUCAGCUUACCAUCAAUCCAGAAAAUACUGUAUUCGACGCGAAACGACUAAUUGGUCGUGAUUUUAAUGACAAGACAGUGCAGGAUGACAUAAAGCUCUGGCCGUUCAAGGUGCAAGAUAAACACAACAAACCUCACGUUGUUCUUAAAGUAGGCAAGGAAACAAAACAGUUCGCCCCGGAGGAGAUUUCAGCUAUGGUGCUGACCAAGAUGAAGGAGAUUGCCGAGUCAUAUCUUGGCAAAGAAGUGAAGGAUGCAGUAGUCACUGUGCCUGCCUACUUUAAUGAUGCUCAGCGACAAGCCACAAAAGAUGCCGGAACGAUUGCUGGACUGAAUGUUGUUCGAAUCAUCAACGAACCAACCGCGGCGGCCAUCGCUUACGGGCUGGACAAAAAAGAAGGCGGAGUUCACCGAUUAGGAGAAUUAGGAGAGCGUAAUAUACUAGUUUUCGAUCUUGGAGGGGGAACUUUCGACGUGUCUAUGCUGACAAUCGAUAACGGUGUAUUCGAAGUGCUAGCCACGAACGGUGAUACUCAUCUAGGAGGAGAGGACUUUGAUCAACGUGUAAUGGAGUACCUUAUUAAACUGUACAAGAAGAAGACUGGCAAAGACCUUCGGAAGGAUAAUCGAGCAGUGCAAAAACUUCGUCGGGAAGUUGAAAAAGCCAAGAGAGCGCUGUCAACGCAGCAUCAAGUGAAAGUUGAAGUGGAGUCGCUUUAUGACGGAGAGGACUUUUCAGAGACAUUGACUCGUGCCAAAUUCGAGGAGCUAAAUAUGGAUCUCUUUCGUGCUACGCUAAAGCCAGUGCAAAAAGUUCUAGAAGACUCUGAUCUUAAGAAGGAAGACGUACAUGAGAUUGUUUUGGUCGGAGGGUCGACCCGUAUUCCUAAAGUUCAGCAACUAAUUAAAGAGUUUUUCAAUGGGAAGGAGCCGUCGCGUGGCAUCAACCCCGAUGAAGCUGUGGCCUAUGGUGCAGCUGUACAAGCUGGGGUUAUUAGCGGAGAAGAAAACACGGGAGAUAUCGUGCUGCUUGAUGUCAAUCCGCUUACGCUAGGAAUAGAGACCGUUGGAGGUGUGAUGACAAAACUUAUUACCCGUAACACCGUGAUCCCAACUAAGAAGUCGCAAGUCUUCUCCACUGCUGCUGAUAAUCAGCCCACUGUUACCAUCCAGGUAUAUGAAGGUGAACGCCCAAUGACUAAAGACAACCAUCAACUCGGUAAAUUUGACUUAACCAAUAUCCCUCCAGCUCCUCGAGGUGUGCCUCAAAUAGAGGUCACGUUUGAAAUUGAUGUCAACGGAAUACUUCACGUUACUGCUGAGGACAAAGGUACCGGUAACAAGAACAAGAUUACCAUUACGAAUGAUCAGAACAGACUAAGUCCUGAAGAUAUUGAGCGCAUGAUCAACGAUGCUGAAAAGUUCGCGGAAGAUGACAAGAGGAUUAAAGAACAGGUAGAAGCGCGUAAUGAGCUGGAGUCGUAUUCAUACUCAUUGAAGAACCAGAUUGCUGAUAAUGAGAAACUUGGUGGAAAAUUAGAUCCUGACGAUAAAAAAGUUAUUGAAGAAGCCGUUGAGGAGACAAUAAGUUGGUUGGAAAGCAAUCGCGAUGCUUCCGUUGAUGAUCUUCAUGAACACAAAAAAGAUCUAGAAAGUAAAGUGCAACCAAUUAUUAGCAAACUUUAUAAUGAAGCAGGCGAUGGUGCCGACGGAGUGUCUGCCGAUGUUAAAGAUGAACUUUGA